AUGAAGCUAGAUAAGAGGCAGGGAUAUAAAGCCAAGCCGGUCGAGUCCCCACACAUCAUCAGUCUUCAACGACAGCAACGUGCUCAAGGAAGACGUUACUACUAUAGGGCGACAUCGAGGAACGCUAUGGCACAGCAUCCAUUCAUCCUGAAGAAUGCAAAGCAGAAGCUGACCCGACAACUGAACACCUUGAAUACUUUACUGCAAGAAGCCACUGAAUUCGAGGAACCGUAG